UAUUCUGGUUUUGACCAGUACAUUUGUAGCUGUUGCUGGUCUUUUCAGGAUCAUGCUCUUAUUUGGUGCCAGCAAAAUCUUGAGCAAGGACGCCUUGUCCCACUGGGCCGUGCUAGAGCACAAGGGAAAUUUGAUCUGAACCAUUUCCUCAUGUUUGAAGUAUUUCCAGGAUACUCUCUCCUGUACAGUUUACUAGAGGUCCUUCUGAUUUUUUUGCUUGGAGAGUUGUUUAACAUCUUGAAUUGACUCACCACUUGUUUCUAGAGUCCAAGUACCCUUUUCUCAUGGCUUUAUUUCCCUUUUCUUAAUGAAAUUGUUCCUUUUUUUUCCUCUGAAGUUUUAGAUUUUUGCCCUCAGGGCUAAUGAAAGGAAAAAUCUCGUUUUCUUACCAUGCUGUGAACUGUAUCUUACAACAUCCCAUGGCAUCCCAAAUUUUCUGGGGAAGAGAAACUAAGAUGGGUUUACACUUUAUUUGCUUAUUCAUGAUUUAAGGAAGGGGCUUUUUUCCUUUUUGCUUUAAAGAUUAAGGUCUCAUUUUAAAACCCGGACCAAGAAAUAAUUUACACUUGAAGACCCAACUGGCAAAGUGAUUCUUUUUCACUGUAUGUACUGUGUAAUUUUUACUGCUUGUUCAUCCAAGCAGUAAUGCUUAUCUCAAAGCAGCACAUUUGUGCUGAGGAGCAGGAAGAGUGGGGCUGCCCCAGGAGGGAGCAGGCUGUGGAGGAGACCCCAGCAUGGCUCGAGUGCCCUCUUGGGCAGGGUGCCGCCACCCACAUCCGAACAGGGCCAGGGUGUUGACAGGACCUGCUGGUGGUCCAGUGGUCAUCAGAGGAGGUGAGGUGACAAGGAGCUCCAGUCCCUAGGCAGCCAGCAGGUGUCCUGGGCAAGGGUGGUCAGGGCACUGCAGCCUGCACAGGAACUCAGGGCUCCUAUGGUUUGAAUGUGGGAAGUUGUUCCAGCAAGACAAUACCUAACAUAUUUGGUUUUGAAAGCGUACCUCCUGCAUUCACCCAACCUGAACUUCAUGCUAUUUAAUUGCACCGUUGUUGUAAUAUAACUCCUCUGUAUUUCAGUGGUCAGGCUUGGGACGUGACGGGCUGAGGAGCAAGUGCAGCUUUGUCCUGGCAAGCAGGCUGGGACGUGCCUUUUGUCAAGCAGUGGUCCUUUUUCAUUCCAGAACUUCCAUUUUAGCUUGUUGUGGAAUGAUUUAUCACCAGAGCCAGCCAAAGGAGGUAACUGUGACAAAUGAAUACUCUGAAAACAAUCUCCUUCCAGGAUCAGAUAAAGUAAACAAAAUACGGAAAGCAGAGGAUUCCCUGUAUCCCUAUUUGGCUGACCCCAGCCAGCAGGUGGGAUGAAGUGAAUUCUGCCACAAGAGGUGUUGCACAAAGUCAUUAACAUCUUUUGUAGGCUGAAUGUACCUCCUGGGCUUUGCUAAUGUUUGGAAGUAAUUCCUGAUCUUUUCCUUCAUUUAGCUUCUUUGCUCUGAAGAACAAUAAAUAUUUUGGCUGUCUACAAUCAUUCUUAUCCACUUCUCUGCCCUUUUUUCAAAGAAAAAAUAAUAUUUGAUGUGUCUUCAAGCCAAUUCAGUAAUUGCUGUAGCAGAGGUUGCAACAACAUAGAGGUAGAGCAGCUGAACAUAGCAAGCCUGUCUAAAGUAUAAGGAUUUGAGGUUGGCUUUGCUGUCUGCCGGUAGCACAGGCUCCUGCCCUCUGGAGUUGACUUGUGGGAGCUUGCCAGCAGCUGGGCCAGAGGAGCCUGAACCUGCUGACAAAUUUCUGGAUGCUGCAAAAGUCCUAGUCUUUCUUGCCCAUGAGAGGGAAAAGCAAGCAGCCCUAGCAAGGGAGAUUUUUGUAGCAAGGUCAUAAUAAACAUAGGAUUAAAAAAAAAAGAAAUGUACAGGGGAAUGAAUUAAAAAAAAAAGUGCCCUUCUUGAUUUUAUUGAUUAAAGUUAUUGGACAUCAAUUUGAUGAACAUUUAAAUAUGCAUUCUUUUUAGUUAUUUUGAAAUACCAUAACCUAAAAGAGACAACAUAUUGCCUUGUCUUCUUCCAGCAUGCCCUUCUGCAUGUUCGAACAACCAGAGGCCCGCCAAGAGCUGUCCUGUCCUCUUGGGAACUAGUCUUUUCUUGGGAGAAACCUAUCAGGAAAAGUAUUAUUUACAUUUAAAUAGCUUCUGUUAAGGAUAGCUCUCAGUGUUAAUAAAUCCUCUUGCUAAAUAUGGGAAUUCAGGCAGUAUGUGCUUAAGUGUCUGAACUUGUUUAAGCUCACAGUAGGUUAGCCCCUAAGCUGGAAACCAGAUCAGAGAGCAGUAGAACUAUUUGUGCCCAAAUCCAAAUCGAUGGUUAAAACUGCUGCCUUGUGUUACAGAGACCAUCAGUCUCUCCAUAACUAAGGUUCCAUCAAUUCAGAUUUGUUUUCAGCCAAAUAAUAAACAUUCCAAGAAAAAUCUGUAUUUGAACUCUUUGAAUGUGGCUAGUUUCAACAUGAAUUUAUAACUGAGUAUCUUAAUCUUAUUUCUAUUUUAAUUUUUUAAAAUAGGAAAUAUAGGACAAUGUAGAAACAACGAAGAUGGGGACUGAGUUUAUCUGAGUUUAUCUUUGUCUCUGUGAGCUUUACCCACAGAUAAACUGAGAUACAGAAAAGAAGUGUAACAAUAACACUUGAGCAAAGUUUAUGUCAUCUCACCUACAAAUGAAGGCUAGCAAAACAGAAAAGUUGGUAUCAGCUGUUCCAGUUCAAAGCUUUUACAGAUUUCUCAAGGUACACAAGGGGUAUUCCUCAGACCCUUCUACUUGAACAAGCCAAUUAACUGCUUCUUGAUCAAAGAUCAAAUGAAAAAAGAAGGCAGGAUUGCCCUCAUAUAGCGAAAACUCCUAGCAGGGCACUGUGAGGGAACACGAUUCAGGAUGGAACAGUUCCGGGUGUGGAGAGAAGCGUGCAGCGAUUGGCAGGACUUUGUCGUGUGGACUUUGCUGUUAUUAUGUGGUUUCAUUGUAUUCACACUGCACAGUGCACAGCCUGGACAAGCCCAGGCUUGCCAUGAGUUUGCCCCCACUCCUCCCCCUUUUGCCGGUGUCCCUAUGCUGGUUUGUCCCUCUGCUUGUUGGUCUCAUGCUCUGCCCUAUGUUCUGGCCCGUUCCGCUCCCGAGCGGAUAAAAAGAGAGUGGGCACGCCUGAAUAGGGAACUCUGCUUGCAUCCUUCCUCAUGUCCCGUCCCCUCUUCGGACCGCGACAGGGCACAAAUUUAAUUUUUUUUGGUAGCAGCACAAUAGAAAAUAGCAGAACUGCCUUCAUAGUCAUGUUGGAUCAUUUAAAGGAACUCACAGCGUUUAUGCCCCAACAAUACCUUUGAUGAUAGUUCUGUAUAUGUGUUUUUAAACAAAUCAUAUUUUUCCAUUCCAAAUGCUGCCUGGAAUGGGAUGCCUUCAAGGAAACAUUAUGUGAGUCAUCCUCAAGAGACAUGCAAUUGAGGCACCUCCUUUGGAACAAAGUCAUCUACAUCCAUCUAAAAUAUCCAAUUAUAAACAGUAUUAUGUUACUCACAUAAUUGCUCAACGGCCUUAGAAGCAAUCUGUUUUUUUAUGACAGUAAGAAUUAAUGGUGAGUUGUUGAUGCUAAAGUUAGAAUAACAUCACACAAAGAUUAAAAUGUCAUUUCAGUGAUAGUUUAUUCUGGAUUAUGUUAAGAAAUACGAGCUUGUGAUCAUUUAAGACUCAUAAAACUUCUACUCCUUGUUUAACACUUGUUUGAAUGUCUGAAUGUAAAAAAUACUUUCUGAGGCUUAAUUCAUGUGGGAAGCUCAGGGCAGAUGAAGAACUCACUGAGGAUUUGCAGAGUAAGAUAACACUCACAAACUUGUGCGAAUUGUUGGGUUUAUUUUCUGUGUACCUUUCUGUAUUAUGAAAAUAUUAUUAUAGAACAGAUUUUCACAAAUUCCCAGUCAUACGUGGGCUUAAUGCUGGCUGUGUUUCUCAACCCCUUGGCUCUAGUUUUGAGUUGUCCCAUUCCAAGAGGUAUGGAAGAAUUACUGCAAAGAGAGAAAGGUUUGAGAAGAGGUAAGUAUAUACCGUGCUCAUUGCAAGUGAGGGAUAGAGGGUCUCACAAAAUACAAACAAAUGGUACACCUUAAUUAUAAGGAGAAAAAGCAUUUUAUGCGAUCUGAUGCAUGAAUUCAGAGACUAUGUAAUCCCUACCUGCAGCCAGCAGGCCCCUGUUCAGUUGUAAUACUUUCUUGCUGUUGUUGUUAUUCCAUCCUACUGCUAGAAUAGGUCAUGUUGCUCUCAUCAUUCCUGGGAUAGCAUGCAUGUGCCAUGUGGAGCUAGCACAAGAGUAAAUGAUAAGCUGAACUUCACACACGCUCCAGAGAACUGAUAGGGCCCAGGAUGAAUAAUAUGGGCUGUAGAAGGAAAUCCAGAAAACACUGGUUAGUUAGGAAAGGUACUACGCAGACAAACCCUGUCAUUUCGGCAUUUACUUAAAGAAAAUUAAAUACCUAGCCCCUCUAACUCAUCUCUUCCCACAGGGCUGAGUUUUUUGCAGGUUUUCCACAGCACAGAUGUGGGAGACCUUGAGAGCCUGGGAGUAGCCUGGACUCUGAAUGACAGCUGGAGGAGUAGUGAUCCUUGGUGUUAGUAAUGCAUAUGCUAUUGGGAGUAACUAGGUUUGAGGAAUCAUGUUAGAAUGACACUGAUGUAUUUGUCACGUUCAUUUGCACAUUUAUUUUGUGGGUAGGAAGAAGCUGGUUUUGAAAGAAACAACUAAUGAUAAUUAAAAGAAGCUAUUCUGCAGUUAAUUGUAACUGCUUUAUGGAACAAUCAUGAGGAUUGAUGGAUUGCCAUCUUUCACUGAGGCCUCCAGUGACAGUGGUAUAUCCCUAUUUCCCUACCUGCAACAUUUUAUGCCUUUCUUUUCAGUGUUCUUUCUCCUGAAUACUCUUGGAGCUCUUAACUAUCCCUAUUCAACAACUCUACCUCUUUAAUUUUCCCUUCCAUUAUUUUGCCCAGAUUUUCUCACAGCAUUUGGUCACAACCUAGCAAUUCUCCCAGAGGAGGCAAGGUUAUGCAGCUAGGCCACAUUGGAUCAGAUCCUUGGCACAGACAGCUGAACCCCUGGGGGCUGACAGAGGAGAUGACCAAGAGAGGUUGAAAGACACACUAGAUAGGAGAUUACAAGGUGAAGUAAUCUGUUUGGAUCCAAGCCCAGAUGGUGCCAACCUGAGGCUGUGGGAAGAGCAAACAAAGAACAUGUAAUUGUUCCCACACAAGAACAGACAAGCCUACAUUGAAAAGAUAAUGAGUGAAACUAGCAGGAUUCAGGGACGUUACAUGCAGUCUCCAAGGAGAAACAAAGUUCAGUCUGAGACCUUGAAUGUCAAAAGAAGUUAAAAGACUUAUAAAUCCUUGGAGAAGACAGAGAAGGGGAAGAUCACUUUUUAGAAGUUCCCUCUGGAGACAAAUUGAAGGUAAGAGAUUGUGAAGAGAAUUUAAAUAUGUCUGGCUGUUUAGAGGUGUUAGUUGUUUAGAUUAAAUAAGUACGUUUUAAACAAAAUGAGUCACUUAGAGUUGUAAUAUUGUGUGAUUUAGCAUGCUGUUUGCUUAGCUUUACUUGCUUAGCAUGAGUAACUGGGUUUGCUGAAGCCUUAGGCCACAAGCUGUGGACUUUCACUGACAUCUAUGCUUUUGGCUGGAAUAGAACUUGUUUUCUUGCUAAUUUUCCUAGCAGCUAGCACAGUGCUGUGUUUUGGAUUCAGUAGGAGAUCAAUGUUUAUAACACACUGAUGUUUCAGUUGUUGCUGAAUAACAUUUUGACUAAGUCUAGGCCUUUUUUAGUUUCCCGUGUUCUAUCUAUGAGUAGGCACAAGAGAAGCACAAACCAGAAGAUAGAGAGGCGGUUGGCAGCAGAAGAUGCAACUCCACCAGAUAAGAUCAGUUAACAGCCGGCCUCUGUGAAGAAGAAAAAAGAAUCCCACAAGGUGUUAGAAGACCCCAGACCACAAGUCACUACUGGACUAAAAAGGCACAUGCAGAGCAUGCUGAAGGUUUGGAAACGGAUGUUGGAAGAUGUUAGCUGUGGAUACUGGGGUUGUGGAGGAGUGGUUAUCAGAGUUUAAGACACUGCCAGAAGCAUCCAUAUCCAGCUAUGCUGCCAGUUUGAAAGACAAGACUGCUUUGAUUUCAUCUCUUUAUAAAGUAAUUCAGGAUCCACAGAGUGAACUUCUGGAGCCGGUUUGCCAUCAGCUGUUUGAGUUCUAUCGCAGUGGUGAGGAACAGUUGCUACGGUUUACGCUGCAGUUUCUGCCAGAAUUGAUGUGGUGCUAUCUUGCUGUCUCAACCAGCAGAGAUUUGCAGAGCAGUGGGUGCAUAGAGGCUCUUCUCCUGGGAGUUUAUAACUUGGAGAUAGUUGACAAAGAGGGACAUAGCAAAGUGCUGAGUUUCACAAUUCCGUCUUUGUCCAAACCUUCAGUCUAUCAUGAACCUUCCAGCAUUGGCUCCAUAGCUCUCACUGAAGGAGCUUUGUCUCAGCAUGGUUUGUCCAGGGUUGUGUACAGUGGACCUCAUCCUCAAAGGGAGAUGCUUACAGCGCAGAACAGGUUUGAAGUGCUGACUUUCCUUCUGCUCUGUUACAAUGCUGCCUUAAGCUACAUGCCUGCAGUGUCUCUUCAGUCAUUGUGUCAAAUUUGUUCAAGAAUUUGUGUCUGUGGAUAUCCUCGCCAACAAGUGAGAAAGUACAAGGGGGUCAACAGUAGAAUUCCAGUUUCAUCUGAAUUCAUGGUGCAAAUGCUAACAGGGAUCUAUUAUGCCUUUUAUAAUGGAGAAUGGGAUCUGGCUCGUAAAGCUAUGGAUGACAUUUUGUAUAGAGCACAGCUUGAACUGUAUCCAGAACCUCUGCUGGUUGCUAAUGCAAUAAAAGCUUCACUGCCUCAGGGUGCCAUGAAAUCUAAUAAAGAAGGUACAAGAUGCAUUCAGGUUGAAAUUACACCUACUUCAUCCAGAAUAUCAAGAAAUGCUGUAACUAGCAUGUCUAUCCGAGGGCAUAGAUGGAAAAGGCAUGGUAAUUCUGAUUUAGGAAUUCAAGAAGAACUAAUAGAGGUAUCUGAAACUGAUGAAGGGUUUUACUCUAGGGCUACUUCUAGUGCAAGUCAGUCCGCCCUGUCUAACAGCAGCAACACGAGCAGCAAGAACCUUCUAGGGAAGAGCCAGCGAAGGUCUGGAGGAAUCAAAGCUGGAGGAAAAGAAAAAGAAGGAGAAACCUGUAGAGAACACUUAUCACGAAAACAAACUCAGAGAGCCAUGAGUGAGAAUCUAGAGCUUGUCUCUCUGAAGAGACUGACACUGACAACUAGCCAGUCCCUGCCUAAGCCUGGCAGUCACAGUCUGGCCAGAACGACCACUACUGUGUUUAGUAAAUCCUUUGAACAGGUCAGUGGUGUCACAGUUCCAAAUAAUCAUGGUGGUGUCUCUGGUACAGAGGCAAACAGGUUUUCAGCUUGCAGUCUUCAAGAGGAAAAACUGAUAUAUGGAACAGAAAGAACAGAUCUUCCGAUUUUAAGCAAACCACCUAAUCAGCAGAGACCUCCAAGUAUUAGCAUAACUUUGUCAACAGAUUGAUAUUAAAUUGGGCAUUAUGAAAAGUAAAUUAUUGAGGAUUUGUCCUGAUAUUGGUAUAUUAAACUCCUUAAUAUGCUAUACGUUACUUCCUUAAACCCCAAGCUUGUAAAUUCUUGUUUGGCUCACAUUUGACAGUAAUAGUGAAUAGACAACAGUUGUAAUUAUUUUUGAGUCAACUUCUGAUAGCUUGGAAAGUGUACUCUUUUUACAGCUUCAUGAGAAGUUUGCACCUUCCCCAAUUGAACAAGCAUUAAUUGGUUGUUUGGCCACUGAUGAAGGUGUGUGGCUUCUUACGGAUGUGUAGUGUGGGAACAAAUAGAGCCUCUCUCCCAGAUUUUGCUUUUUCACUACCCUUAGCAUAGGCAAAACUGCAAGUACUUCUUUUUUUUUGGGGGGGAGGAGUCUUGAAAUAUUGUCAUGAAGUUUUGGAACAGCAUCAUAAGAACAAACAUUCUCUUACAUUAGCCGUGAGAAAUCUGUGCUUACAUGUAAGGUUAAAACUAGAAGCAUCACUACAGCAUUUGAUGUCGUGGUUGGUUUUGUAAUGGUGGUUAGUACACGUUGCAGUGUUCAUACUUCUUUAUGCCUAUAUGAGUCCAAUUUAUAGAUGCAUUUUGAUUUUCCUAUAUGUCUUCAAAACUGGGCCAAAUGUCAUACAGCAACAGUGCUUCUGGAUGGGAGUUAUUAUCACUUGCUAUAGUAGUCAAUCUUUAAUCUUAAUUAUGUGAUAGACUCUGUCUUUCUUUAGGAUUCUUAAAUAUCAGUUGCAAAGCCACUCAUUGAAAAGUCUGUCAUCAGUAUUUUUAUUAUUUGUGGGGAAGAGAUGUGCUUGUGAAUCAAUGUUAUGUAGGAAAUAUGAGCCCUUCGCACUGACUCAAGCAAAUCAGGAGUGUGAAUGUGUUUAACAUGAACUUUGUACUUGAGCCUAAGAGAAUACUACCAAAGGAUAUGUACUUUCAGUAACUUGCAAGCACAAAGGGAAAUUAUAAUGUAAAUAUAACUAACACUGUAAUUCCUAGUCUUUUGUAUCUAUUAUUUUUCUAGUUUGAAAUUCUAAACCAGCAGCCUGUGUAAGGUUACCUAACCCUUAACCUUCAAUGAGUUUGUUUGAUACCAACUUCUAUAAUGUCAGGAUUUUAAUUAAAAAAGAACAUUAAAACUUCUUAUGCAGAAAUUUGAAGAAGCAGUAGCUGACAAAACCACUCCAGUAGCAAUGAUUGGCUGAUAAACAGUGUAUUAUUAUGAGUGGAGAAAUAGGAUGAAGAUCUAAGGCAUAGUCACGCCCAACUGUCCAGAUUUCUGCAGCUGUUAAUCUAUUAUUGUCAAGAACCUUGUAAGAAAACAAUCACUAAAAUUCUGGUAGACUUUCCCAUUUGCCUAGAAAUAAAUAUAGAUAUUCCUUUAUGACUUAAACUGAAGCACAAAUAACCUUUAAGCAGCUAAUGUUAUUCAGGGUUAUAGCAAUUAAUAAACUGGUUAAUUAGUGAAAAGAGAUGAGACAUAGUUGAUAGAGACAAGUUAUAUAAUUGUGAUACUAAGACUGCAGACUAGAUGUGUCCCUUCCUUAAGAUUCACCAAAGUAUGCAGAAUAACUCCAUCAGUCUGUAGGUGUUUGUGUUCACCUGAGAGCCUGAGCUUAAAGGAAUAUGCCACACCUUUUCAUUCUUCAGUUUGUUGUGUGACACUGUUCUAUUCUAGUAGCAUAGUAUUUCACCUUUUUACAGUGAAAUGUUUUCUUAAUUGUACAUGAAAACUUAAUUCCUAAUGUAUAAACUAUAAAUUUGCCCUGUUAAUUUUUUAAUACUUUGGCCAGUGAAAGAAACUGGUUCUUUGAGGUUGUAUACUUUUGUAAAUGCUUUGUACAGCAGAAAAUUUUGCCUCUUUUUUAAAUUUUUUUCUUCACUAUACAUUAGCAUGUUUGUUUCAGAUUGGCUAGUACAUGUGGCUGCUGAAGCAGGCAUAACCACGAGCAACAGAAGGGUGUUGGGCAGCUGAUAGUAGGCAUUGGCUAGUACUACACACACUGGAUGUAGAGCUCUUCCUUCCCCUGAAAUUUGUUAUAAAUGUUACAAAGAAAUAACCUGCAGAUCUCACAGCAGCCUCCUGAUCUGCUUUUGCAGUGUAGGACCUGAGAAUACUUUGGGAAAAUUUUGCAGUAAUUUAAAUUGAGACGUAAACUAGAAUAGAUAAGUAAAAUUGCAAUAGACAAAUAUUUGUUGUGAUGGUAUUAGUUGUGAGUUAGUGUUAAGGGACUUGAAUUUUUAACUAAUUUUACUGGGUUUGGUUUGUUUCAUUUAAUUCAUGAUUGUCUACCGUGAAGGUAACAAUCUGUCAAGCUGGGUGUUGGUAUAAAAGAUAUUUAUUAUACUGGGAAGAUUUAGUCUCUUUAGCUCUAAAUAAUUAGGAUUUUGAAGGAUCUAAAAUGCCAUACAAUGUAGGUGUGUAACAUGAUGUUUACAAUACUGUUGGCUACAAGUCAAAUGGUGUUAAAAUAAAGGUAGUUUAUUCUUUUAUUUUAUCCAGCUGAUCUGGCUUGAACCCAAGAUAUAGGCUCAAAUUGGUACAACUGAAAUAACAUAAAACUUCAUACUUUUUUUAGGAAAUGAUAAAAGGAAAGGUUCUUGGUACUGUGGGCUGCUCUUUCCAUACAUACGUGGCUUCAUGUAAAUAUGUAUGUAUUGGUCUCUAGAGCAGUUUACACAGUGAGCAUGUUUUUGUGAGCUGACAUCACACCUUGAUACUGAUCGAGUCAGAAGAAUUUAUUUCCUGAUAUGAGUACCAAAACUUUCAGUUGUGCUUCUUUCUUUUCUUAAAAAUGGAAAAGAUAAAAAAAGACAGGACUGGGGAGAGGGAUGGGGGAAAGUAGGGCAGGAAACAGAUAUUUCUAAGUAAAUCUCUCUUUUCAUGAUAUUUCUAAAAUUGUCAAACUCUGGGGGUUUGGGCAUUAUCUGAGCACUUCAGACUGUUAUAUGGAAAAUGUAUGUUAAAAAAGUAGAUGUCUUCUAACAGCAUAAGGAAAACCUAUUAAGACUACCCAUAUUAUAGUCUGCCUGGGAGUGGGUAGUUCUGAUGAAUACCUUCCGAGCAUACACAGCUGCAACAUCCUGCAGGAAAAAUGUUAUGUGGGAGUGAAUCAUCUCAGAUGGUAAUAAGAGAAGUUGUUUCAAUGCUGACGUUCAUGACUGACCUUACUGUUUUAAAUCGGAGAACACUGUUUCCAAGGCUUUGAACAGCAACACUUCCAAAACUCUGUUGGAACUGAGGAGAAUUAUUUUUGUUGUGAGAAUCUGUAACAUUCGUGCACAAAGUAUGGCCUCUAACCACUUGUAGAGCUGCAGUGACUUUUCUGAAUUGAUUGAAAUGUCUUGAAUUGCCUUCAUUACCUAACAAAUUUGAAAGGUACCGAAAUAUAUAGCUAUUUUAGACACAUUUCUCUGUAAGGAGGUUUCCUAUGAGGAUUCUAGAAAUUCCUAACUUAAUUGUCUAAUACCUUUUGUCAGUGUUUGUGGCUUACAGUGCUGUAUAUAGGUGUGUAAUAUAUUGCUUUUUGUAUUUGUAUAAUUCUACUUCUAAGACUAGAUGUGUACAUUUCCUAAUAUUCACUGAAGUCUGUGGAAUAUCUGCCUCAGUCUAUAGAUGUCUGUCUUCACACGAGAACCUGAAUUUAAAUUACUGCCACACUUUGUCUCAUUCUUCAGCUCAUUAUGUGACACUGUUCUUUGUUUUAGUAACACACCAUUUCACCUUUUUUGCAGUGAAGUAUUCUCUUACAUUGAAAACUUACAUUCCUAAUGUAUAAAAUAUGAGGUUGUCUUUUAGUGUUUAAUAAUUUUGGCAGUAAAAUAAAUUGGUUUUUUUGAA